AAGUCUGUAAUAGAUACGAGAGGACACUAGGGGAGUAAUGAGUAGGUGCCUGUCAGUUACAUCGGAGUUCCGUGUGAUCGACGAACGCCGCAACGUACAAUUAUCAUGUCACGCUCCAUGCUGUUGCUAAUCCUGCUGGGUAUAUUAUUGCUCAAUUGUCAAGAGACACUUGGCCGAAGAGGACGCGGAAGGAGCAGGAGCAAGUCCCGCGUGCAAAUUGGAUUGCCCAUUACCGGGAAGUACCGUGAUCCGGAGAGCGAUCAAUAUUACAACAAUAACAACGGAGCCAAGAUACUGCUGGCGUCGCAUUUCGAUCUGGAAUACGUUCUGGGGCACAAAAUAGCUUUCCUUUGCGUCGCUCGUGGCAAUCCACGCCCACAUGUUACGUGGUUCAAGGAUGGUGCCGAAAUUUAUACUCAUCACUAUCUACAUAUACACGAGUGGCAAGUCGGUCCUGACAAAGUGAAAUCGAAACUCGAGAUCGAUCCCGCUACUCAGAUGGACGCAGGUGUCUACGAGUGCACGGCGGAUAAUAUGUACAGCAUCGAUCGAAGGUCUUUCAAGACUGACUUCUCCAUCGCUUUCGAUUAGUGCGAGCGUACGAGAGAUCCCAAACGAACACACAUAAUAGAUAAGAAAAUAUAUAAAGCCCAG